AUGCCUGCGGAAACGGUCAAGUUGAUCGAAGAGACCAGAGCGGAAUCCAUCAGGAGUCCAAAUUGUCCGACUUCCGCAGCCAGACGGAAUCGUAUUCUCCAGCCGGCAAUUUGUUUGAAGCUGGUCCAAGUGAUCCUCGGAGUGAUCCUGAUGGUGCUGCAAAGGAAAUAUCGCAUAGUGCCGUCACUGACGGACCAGGACGCCAUCCUGUUAGUGCAAAUCACAUUCUCCUCAUUCCUGAUAAUAACCCCGCCCUUACUGCUGAACUACGUUACUGCCUCAAAUUCUGGAAGGACGCCAUUGCAGGGAAGUCUGGCGGAGGUCAUUUACCUGUUGGUUGGAGCAGUCCUCUUCCUCACGUGCGGUGCUACUUACAUCCACAACUGGUUAAACUUCCGCCCGGCGGACUUU